AUGCGCUUCAGCGUUGUUACCAUGCUCCUAGCCAGUCUGGCCAGCGGCAUUAAUGCCGACUACGUAGAUACGUGGGAGGACGAAAUGCCUCUUGGACAAUUCAUCGGCACCUUUGAUACGUUUUCGAACAACCAAUGCAGCGAGGGAGGCAAAGGUAUUACUGUCACUGCGGACGACCGUCAAGGGCCCCUUCAGUCCAACGUGAGAUCGGUCAAGUCCUACAUUCAGAAUCAGUAUUUUGCCAUCCGCUCAAUGGCUCUCCCAAAUCCUGGCAAGUUCUCCCGUUUUAAAUGCCAGAUGCGUUAG